AUGGCCUGGGUGUUUGUCUUGUGCUCCCGCCAGGGAGAGUCCCCAGUAACGCCCUGGCUCUUCUCCAACCUGGUUUUCCAGAUAAACAUUGACGAUCUCGAGGAUGACCCUGUGGUGAACGGGGAGAGGUCCGGCUGUGCGCUCACAGACACCACAGCACGAGGGAACAAAGGAAGGGCUCGGCGCGGAAACACAGAGAGCAAGACGGAUGGAGAUGUUGCCGGGACAGCGCCCCCAGAGCAGUCUAAUGCAAGUGGCAAACUCCGGAAGAAGAAAAAGAAACAGAAAAAUAAGAAAAGCAGCGCAGGAGAAGCAUCGGAAAACGUACUGGAAGAUAUCGAUCGCAUCCUGGAGAGGAUUGAGGACAGCACCGGGUUGAACCGUCCGGGCCCCGCUCCCCUGAGCUCCAGGAAGCACAUUCUCUACGUGGAGCACAGACACUUGAAUCCAGACACAGAACUGAAAAGGUAUUUUGGUGCCCGGGCAGUCCUGGGGGAACAAAGGCCACGGCAGAGACAGCGCGUGUACCCCAAGUGCACAUGGCUGACCACCCCUAAGAGCACCUGGCCCCGGUACAGCAAACCAGGUCUGUCCAUGCGGCUGCUGGAAUCGAGAAAAGGCCUCUCCUUCUUUGCGUUUGAGCACAGUGAGGAGUACCAGCAGGCUCAGCACAAGUUCCUGGUGGCCGUGGAGUCUAUGGAGCCGAACAACAUCGUGGUUCUGCUCCAGACGAGCCCUUAUCACGUUGACUCGCUCCUGCAGCUCAGCGACGCCUGCCGCUUUCAAGAGGAUCAGGAGAUGGCUCGAGAUCUCGUAGAUCGUGCCACGGGUGCCGGCCGCAGCGCUGUCCACAGGGCGUUCUCCUUUGUGUCGCUGUAAUUCAUGUGGAACUAUUUUGGAUCUAGGAGCUUCUACUUGGCCCUCUACAAGCAGAUGAGCUUCCUGGAGAAGCGAGGCUGCCCGCGCACGGCGCUGGAGUACUGCAAGCUCAUUCUGAGUCUGGAGCCGGACGAGGACCCCCUCUGCAUGCUGCUGCUGAUCGACCACCUGGCCUUGCGGGCCCGGAACUACGAGUACCUGAUCCGCCUCUUCCAGGAGUGGGAGGCUCAUCGGAACCUGUCCCAGCUCCCAAAUUUUGCCUUCUCCGUUCCACUGGCGUAUUUCCUGCUGAGCCAGCAGACAGACCUCCCUGAGCACGAGCGGAGCUCUGCCAGGGAGAAGGCGUCUCUCUUGAUACAGCAGGCGCUCACCAUGUUCCCUGGAGUCCUCCUGCCUCUGCUCGAGUCCUGCAGCGUGCGGCCCGACAUCACGGUUUCCAGUCACAGCUUCUUUGGACCCAACGCCGAAAUAAGGCGGAAGGUGCUCUACCAGCGUGCGCCCAGGAAUAUCCACCGUCAUGUGAUCCUCUCCGAGAUCAAGGAAGCUGUGGCUGCCCUGCCCCCGGACGUGACCACGCAGUCUGUGAUGGGGUUUGACCCUCUGCCUCCUUCGGACACAAUCUACUCCUACGUCAGGCCGGAGAGGCUGAGUCCCGUCAGCCACGGAAACACGAUCGCACUCUUCUUUAGGUCACUGUUACCAAACUAUACCGUGGAGGGGGAGAGGCCCGAGGAAGGAGUGGCUGGGGGUCUGAACCGCAACCAGGGCCUGAACAGGCUGAUGCUGGCUGUGCGCGACAUGAUGGCCAACUUCCACCUCAACGACCUAGAGGCACCGCACGAGGACGACGCGGACGGGGAGGGGGAGUGGGACUGAGCGUCCGCAGAGGUGCCUGAAAGCCGUAAUGAUGUUGCUGAUUUCUGUGCUGGUCAGAAUUGGUCAGUUCCCUGAAGUAGAGACGCCGACUGUAUCGCUGACCUGGUCGCUGUUUCUCCUAUAAACGUAAAUGGG